AUGGAUGGUUGUCAGUCACCUUCCUCUAUUUUUCUUAUUAAAACAUUCAUUGGGAGUAAUAUUGUUGCUUUAGGUUCUGGAACUCCUUAUAUGUAUUCGUAUUAUGCACCACAAUUAUUAUCUAGGUGUAAUAUAUCCAUUAAAUACAGUAGCAAUAUUGCAUUGGCAUUAAAUAUUGGUAGUUCAUUGUUGGGUACGUUCGCUGGAGUUCUAGUUGACAUUAAUCCUAGAAUAGCCACAUUAGUAGGUUCGAUUUCCACAUUUCUGGCUUAUACUAUCUUGUAUAUAUGUUAUAAAAAUGCAAUUUCUUCUAUUUUAUUGAUCUUUUUGGCCUUAGUUUUAGUAGGUUAUGGUGCCAUAUCUGGAUUAUACUCUGGUAUGAAGGUUUGUACUACUAAUUUUCCAAAUCAUAGAGGUAUAUCUGGUGCUUGUCCAGUUUCCUUGUAUGGGUUGUCUGGUUUAUUAUUUUCAUUGAUAUGUCGUAAUAUCUUUAAGGGGGAUAUUCAGGCAGUUUUUUUAUUUCUAUUAAUUGCAUGUUCUUUAAUGACAUUUAUUGGUGUCUUCACAUUAGAUGUUUUUGAUUAUAAUUAUAUUAAAGAUUUAGAAUCCAAGUAUGUUUUAACAGACACUAUUAGUAGUCAACCAGAACUAGCUGCAACAUUGUCCAAUUCUGCCGAGGAUGAGGGGUCAUUUUUGAAACACCAUAUGUCAGAUUUUACAGAGUCUUUCAACGAUCAUGCUGCACAUCAUUAUAGGACUGAAUCUAAAUCAAGACAUUCAACUAAAAUAGCUCGUUUCUCAGGAGAAUUAACAAGAAACUCAAGAGUAGGAUCCCCAGAAUGUAUCGUAAAUGAGAUAGCUGAUGGUGUCCACUCCUUAUUAAAUAAGUCACCAGGACCAUCAGUGAGUAGUGUAAAUGAACUUUUCAGUAAUAAUAAUCAUUUAAAGAAUAAUUUAGUAGUUAAUUUUAAAGAAAUAGUGAAAAAUGAUCAAAAUAUUUGGGACUGUGUGAAAUCAAGUAAAUUUCUUUUAUAUUAUGUGAUUAUUGCAAUUUUACAAGGUAUUGGUCAGACGUAUAUAUAUUCUAUUGGAUUCAUUGUACAAGCUCAAGUAAAUUCUAUGUCAAGUGAUAAUAGUAACAAUAAUAAGCCAGUAGAUACAGCUACUAUUCAAGCAACACAAGUGGCAAUUGUUUCAAUAUCCUCAUUUGUUGGUAGAUUAUCAUCUGGAUUUUUUUCAGAUGUUUUAAAAAAAAGAUUAAACUCACAAAGGAUAUGGACUACUUUUACUGCAUCUACGUUUACAAUAAUUGGAUCUAUAAUUAUUAUUAGAGUCGAUCCAACAAAACAUUCGUUGGCUAAUGUUUAUAAAUCUUCAAUAAUAUUUGGAUAUGCGUUUGGUGCUAUGUUUGGAUCUUUCCCAUCUAUUAUAGCGGAUUCAUUCGGUACAAAGAAUUUCAGUAAAAUAUGGGGAGUAUGUACAACAGGUUGUCUGAUUACAAUUAAAUGGUAUACAGCAAUAUUAGCACAAAAUUUAUCCAAUUAUACGCAACCUAAUGAAUCAACAUGUAAAGCAGGUGUUAAAUGUUAUGAAUAUACUUUUUAUGUUAUUAGACUAAAUGCCUUUUUAAGUUGUAUUUUAAUUCUGUUUAUAAUUGGGAAUACUUAUCACAAAGCUAAAAUCAAUUAA